AUAACUUGACUGGUAAAAAUGGCGGAUAAUCGCCUCUGGGAUGAAUUGGAAUUGUUGCGGAAAAAGAAAAAAGAUGAGCUGCAUAGCCGGCAAAAAUUGCUAGAUGACAAAAUGAAGAACAAGAGCGAAAACUCUUACCGUGAUCCAGAACCACCUAAACUCGUCCUCUCUAUCAUUGGUGAUUCGAAAAGCUUUGUACCUAAACCAUGGAUAACCUCAGUUUUUCAAUAUGGACUCAUAGAAACCGCAAAAGGCGCAAAAGACAGUUUGAUUCUCUACAAGGGUUCAUCGGAAACAGUUAGCUGUAUCGUGAGGGAAGCAGUUGAGGAUUUUAAUAGGCUGCAAUCAGACGGUGAUGAUGUCUUUAUUAGUCUAGUGGGAAUUCUACCGGAAGAAAGCAUGUGUGAAACCAGCGUCGAUCUUUAUGAGGAACAAAUACAUCUUCACGACGAAAGUCAUCAUGAGGAACAAACCCAUCUUCCCGAAGAAAAUCUUGAUGAGGAAAAAAUCUUUCUUCACGACGAAAUUAAAGAUACAAAAGAAAAACAUUACGGAUGGUGCAAGAACUACUGGCAAAAGAAAAACAGCGACUGUCUCCUCGGAGAAAUAUAUAAUGUAUGGUUGGGGAAUAAGAGGUCAUAUGCUGACUUUCAUGCAUCUAUGCUGAAAGGAUUAUCCAAAAACAAAAUAUUUUUCAUGACCUUCGAAGGCACGCCUUUGGAAUGGAACGUUCCAGUUCUAACAAUAGUGGCAGAAGGUGACUUAGAUACAAUAGAAGCUGUUAACCAAGUUUUGAAGCAAGACUUGCCAAUUCUGAUUAUAAAAGGAUCGGGCAAAGCAGCGGACUUUAUUGCAGAAUUCAUUGAGAAGGACACCAUUAAUAUAUCUGAAUAUAUCAAGGCUAACACACCACUGUUAUUUGGUAUUUCUUCCCAUGACCUUAUGCAAAGAGAGUUUGACAAGAGACGUUUUGCAUCAGCUACCGAACAACGAAAUGAUCUUGAGUCAAUUAUGAAAGCAAUCAAAGAAAACAAUUGCUUGAUAACAGUACUUGAUAUAAACAAAGAAACACAACCGAAAGAGUUUACAGAUGCUGUUACAAGAGCGAUCAUUAGCGGAUGGUCCCGAAAUAAAUCGGAAGAAGACGACCAGAUGUAUGGCAACUUUAGUAACCAAACUAAACGAGGUCUUGUAAAAAGUUAUUACCAGUCUCCUUACAAUGAUCAACAACCAGCAGCAGUAUCUACAAAUGUAAUUGGCGGGACAAUGCGUGCUAAUGAUCACAAAUUUAUGGCUUCCUAUAAGGAAAUACUGACGCCAUCUUCUUUACCACUAUAUUAUUACAUUGCAUAUCAGUUUAUACAAGAAAUGAAAGGAGCGAAAACAGUUAAAAUAGAGAAUUUUAAUAUCCUUUUGAAAGAAGCCAUUGUAGCUGACAGAGAUGAAUAUGUGUCGGUUUUAUUAAGAGAAGAGGGUGUAGAGUUUAGUAAUAAAUACUUUCCAGCUAUUUAUAUGGAAACUCUUCAAUCUGAACAUAAAGCAAAGACGGCUCUUCAAAAUGUCUUUAAGUUGGGUACCUCGCCAGUUAUUCAGAAAUUUAAGGAGCUAUGCUUUCCUUCAAAAGAGAAAAGGGAACAGAAACGUAAUGCAAAUGAACUCUCAACCAUUGAAGUGUGUAUAAUCGCAGGUCGACAAAUUUGUCAGGCCUUGCUUGGAUAUCAUAGAGAUGCCUCUAGGAAAAAGAAAAAAAGGUCCGCAUAUCAAGAUCUUCUGAUUUGGGCAAUUUUUGUAAACAGACCAAAACUAGCUACCAUAUUCUGGAUGAAAUGCGAACAACCACUAUUGUGCGCAUUAUUUGCCAGCAGUCUAUACAAAAGGAUGGCAGCAAAAGCUAGUGACCAGGCAACCAAGUCUGACAUGAUUGUACAGUCUAGGAUCUUUGCGGAAAGAGCGUUCGAUUUACAAUCGAGAUUGUAUGACGAUGAUGCUGAGCUUGCAAUGGAUUUAGUUAUAACAAAACAAAUGGUUUGGGACAUCACUAUAAGCCCAAUGCAGUGUGCCUAUGACCAUGAUAUGCUGGACGUUCUUGCUCAAACAUGCCCACAACGACGUUUAAAUAAAAUAUGGUAUAGCGGAAUAAGUUCUAGUCUUGGAGGAUUUUGGACGAAAGGCUUGUGUUGUGUAGGUUGCUGUUGCGGAAGAAAAUGUUCACCGGCUAAAGGACUUUCAAAGUUUAUCGGUGCUCCUCUCACAAGGUUUUUGGUGCAUUACGUACUCUUUUUAGCAGCUUUGAUUUCCUUCAGUUUUUUCUUGAUGCAAAUGAAUGUAUACAAAGAUAUAGGAUCAAUUGGUGGUUUCGAGUUAGUUUUUUAUGUACAUCUAAUCGGAGACAUGCUGGAGGACUAUCGAAAUCUGAUCUCGUACAUGUGUAAAUCAACAUCUACAAAAGAGAAACCAUUACGUCAUUCAAAAAUGUUUAUAUUUAAGAAAUACAUAUGUAAUUUCUGGAACUUCAUGGAUGUUAUAUCUUAUACGAUGGCUAUCUCUGCAGCAUGCCUUCGUUUCUUCAUUUUAACAGCAGAUUGGCAAAAGUUUUGCAGACGUUUUUUCAGUCUGUGUCUACCUAUUAUAGGCAUAAGAUUUUUUCGAGUCUUAUUGAUGUCUAGGAAAAUUGGACCAAAAAUUAUCAUGAUCAAAGAAAUGUUAAAGGAUCUCUUCCGAUUCAUCGGAAUUCUAUUUUUAUGCAUGAUUGGUGUUGGAGUACUGUAUCAUGCAAACAUGUACCCAGAGCAUGACUUUAUAGGAGGUCCUGCAGUUGGAUAUCAGCGCUGGGGAAUAUGGAAAAUCAUUAAUAUUCCAUACUGGCAAAUAUAUGGUGAAACUAUGCUUGACAGUUUUAAAGAAAAUGUAACAACACCAUGUACCAUGAAUCGGACUGAAUGGGAGAAUAAUCCGGAUAUAGAACGAUGCAAUGAGUAUGACUGGGUACUUAUUGUGAUCGCUGCAAUUUAUAUGUUGAUUUCAAAUCUUCUCCUUGUCAACCUUUUGAUAGCUGUGUUCAGCUAUCGAUUUGAACGGGUCCAGGAAAUCUCAGAGAAAUUGUGGCGAUACUUGAGAUAUGAAGUCAUCAUGGAUUACCGCACGAGAAUACCUGCUCCUCUCAACCUUGUGAUCAGACCAUUUUACAUAAUAUACUGGAGCUGUAAGAAACUUGUUAAGAAAAAACAAUCGGACGAGAAGGAUGCAUUUCGUAAACGAUCGUUGGAUAAGAUCAACGCACUUCAAUCUAUGAACGCAAUUAAAUGCGUUUACAAUAUUUGAGAUAUCAAGCAGAAGAAUAACAAUUUCUUUUAUUACAUUGAAAAAGUCAGCGGGAUCUUUAACGCA